AUGCGUGAGGCCAUCUGCAUCCACAUCGGCCAGGGUGGCGUGCAGAUUGGAAAUGCCUGCUGGGAGCUCUUCUGCCUCGAGCAUGGCAUCCAGCCGGAUGGUCAGAUGCCCAGCGACAAGACCAUCGGUGGCGGAGAUGACGCAUUUAAUACUUUCUUCUCGGAAACGGGCGCCGGAAAGCAUGUCCCUCGCUGCGUCAUGGUGGAUCUUGAGCCUACGGUCGUGGAUGAAGUUCGCACCGGUACGUACCGACAGCUUUUCCAUCCGGAGCAGCUGAUUUCUGGCAAAGAAGAUGCUGCCAACAACUUCGCUCGCGGACAUUACACGAUCGGCAAAGAGAUCGUGGACCUGGUCCUUGACAGGAUCCGCAAGUUGGCCGACAACUGCCGCCGGGCAGACAACUCUUUCAGCUUUCGGCAUUACAUGCACCCUCACUUUACGGAUGGGUCUGUGGAAUGUGGCUUUGUUGAGAAUUUGGACGUGGCGCUUGCUGGAAAGCAUGUUUUGACCAAGACGAACCUGGUGCCGUACCCGCGCAUCCACUUCAUGCUCACGUCCUAUGCUCCGGUCAUCUCUGCCGAGAAGGCCUACCACGAGCAGCUGUCCGUGGCUGAGAUCACGAUGUCCGUUUUCGAGCCGGCUUCUAUGAUGGUCAAGUGCGAUCCGCGACACGGCAAGUACAUGGCCUGCUGCAUGAUGUACCGUGGUGACGUCGUGCCGAAGGAUGUCAACGCGGCAGUUGCCACCAUCAAGACGAAGCGCACCAUCCAGUUCGUGGACUGGUGCCCGACCGGCUUCAAGUGCGGUAUCAACUACCAGCCACCCACAGUUGUCCCAGGUGGAGACCUGGCCAAAGUCAUGCGCGCCUGCUGCAUGAUCUCGAACUCCACUGCCAUCGCGGAAGUCUUCUCGCGCAUCGACCACAAGUUCGACCUCAUGUACUCGAAGCGCGCCUUCGUGCACCACUACGUGGGCGAAGGAAUGGAGGAGGGCGAAUUCUCUGAGGCGCGCGAAGAUCUGGCUGCCCUGGAGAAGGACUACGAGGAGGUGGGCAUCGAAACUGCUGAAGGGGAGGGUGAGGAAGAAGGUUACGGAGAUGAGUUCUGA